CAAAAAAAAUUAUGUCACCAUUAUAGUGGUCAGUGUUUGCUUUAGUUGGGCUCUUGACCCUUACGUCUUUAAAAUUAGAUUUGGUUUGUCAAAGCCUGUCCAGGCAAUUAUUAUGUCUAUGAGUUGGUUAGACCAACUGUGAAUUGGUCAGCCUACUGUGCAGGUGGUUAUAUUUAUAUGAACUCCUGUUAUACAUUCAUGAUAUUUUGUGUCUCUAUUCAUUAAUCACUAUCAUCCAAACUUUCAGAUGUCGGCAGCAUGAACAGCAGCUCUACAACCGUCACACCAGCGACCCUCUCAACUGCCAUUCUGCCUGAUCCCUGUUACAACUACACUCUGCUGGACGAUCGAUGGAGAGCCACCAAUAAUAUUCAUUCCAUUCAUGAAUAUCACAAGAGUGACACCAAUGUCACCUGGAGCGGCUGGUAUCGUCUCUUCAUUAACGGCCUGAAUGCUCAGAUCCCAGAUACGUGUAUUACAACAUAUGGCUGUGGCACUCAUAUUCCACUGUGGAUUCGUGGUGGACACCCAAGAGUUCAAGAUGGAGUCGUCACUCGAGAUGUCUGCGGUCACUGGGACAAUUACUGCUGCUAUUACGGGUCUUACCCCAUUAAAGUCAAAGCCUGUCCAGGCAAUUAUUAUGUCUAUGAGUUGGUUAGACCAACUGUGAAUUGGUCAGCCUACUGUGCAGAUGUCGGCAGCAUUAACAGCAGCUCUACAACCGUCACACCAGCGACCCUCUCAACUGAUGUCGGCAGCAUUAACAGCAGCUCUACAACCGUCACACCAGCGACCCUCUCAACUGCCAUUCUGCCUGAUCCCUGUUACAACUACACUGUGCUGGACGAUCGAUGGAGAGCCACCAAUAAUAUUCAUUCCAUUCAUGAAUAUCACAAGAGUGACACCAAUGUCACCUGGAGCGGCUGGUAUCGUCUCUUCAUUAACGGCCUGAAUGCUCAGAUCCCAGAUACGUGUAUUACAACAUAUGGCUGUGGCACUCAUAUUCCACUGUGGAUUCGUGGUGGACACCCAAGAGUUCAAGAUGGAGUCGUCACUCGAGAUGUCUGCGGUCACUGGAACAAUUACUGCUGCUAUUACGGGUCUUACCCCAUUAAAGUCAAAGCCUGUCCAGGCAAUUAUUAUGUCUAUGAGUUGGUUAGACCAACUGUGAAUUGGUCAGCCUACUGUGCAGAUGUCGGCAGCAUUAACAGCAGCUCUACAACCGUCACACCAGCGACCCUCUCAACUGAUGUCGGCAGCAUUAACAGCAGCUCUACAACCGUCACACCAGCGACCCUCUCAACUGCCAUUCUGCCUGAUCCCUGUUACAACUACACUGUGCUGGACGAUCGAUGGAGAGCCACCAAUAAUAUUCAUUCCAUUCAUGAAUAUCACAAGAGUGACACCAAUGUCACCUGGAGCGGCUGGUAUCGUCUCUUCAUUAACGGCCUGAAUGCUCGGAUCCCAGAUACGUGUAUUACAACAUAUGGCUGUGGCACUCAUAUUCCACUGUGGAUUCGUGGUGGACACCCAAGAGUUCAAGAUGGAGUCGUCACUCGAGAUGUGGGCGGUCACUGGAACAAUUACUGCUGCUAUUACGGGUCUUACCCCAUUAAAGUCAAAGCCUGUCCAGGCAAUUAUUAUGUCUAUGAGUUGGUUAGACCAAUUGUGAAUUGGUCAGCCUACUGUGCAGAUGUCGUCAGCAUUAACAGCAGCUCUACAACCGUCACACCAGCGACCCUCUCAACUGAUGUCGGCAGCAUUAACAGCAGCUCUACAACCGUCACACCAGCGACCCUCUCAACUGCCAUUCUGCCUGAUCCCUGUUACAACUACACUGUGCUGGACGAUCGAUGGAGAGCCACCAAUAAUAUUCAUUCCAUUCAUGAAUAUCACAAGAGUGACACCAAUGGUCACCUGGAGCGGCUGUAUCGUCUCUUCAUUAACGGCCUUAAUGCUCAGAUCCCAGAUACGUGUAUAUAA